ACGAGGAUGAUGCUGCAUGUGCUCGGCCGUCGCUCGCGGCGCGCCGCCGUCCCGGUGCUCCGCGCGGGCCUCUCGACCGAGGCCGAGGCCAAGGCCGACGACGCCAGCUCGUUCACCAACAUCCUGCGCAACCUCCGCGCGAGCGAGCACUUUGACCUUGUCGUCAUUGGCAGUGGCCCAUCCGGCCAAAAGUGUGCGAUCGACAGCGCCAAGCACGGCAAGAAGGUUGCGAUCAUCGACAAGAAGGACAUGCACGGCGGCGUGUGCGUGCACACGGGCACGAUUCCGUCCAAGACGUUCCGCGAGGCGGUCUUGCACUUGACCGCGCAUCGCCACAAGGGCUUUUACGGCAACGCGUACUCGGCGACGAGCGGCAAGCGCAUGAGCAUCCAGGACAUUCUCGACCGCGUCCAAAAGGUCGAAAGCGCCGAGAUGGACCUCACGCGCAACCAGCUCCUCCGCAACGGCAUCUACCUCAUCAACGGUACCGCGCGCUUCCUUCCAGAUGCGGACAAGAAGACGGUCGCGGUGCUCUCGAACGACUCGUACACGGAGGCCACGGACGGCCAGCGUCACUCGGACGCCAACAUCUGCAAGCGGGUGCUGACGGCCGACAAGUUUUUGAUCUCGGUCGGGACGCGGCCCGCCCGUCACCCCAACAUGGAUUUCGACGGCGAGCUCAUCUUUGACAGCGACCAAUUGCUCUGGGGCGCCCUCACCAACGUCCCGAAGCGCCUCAUUGUUGUUGGCGCCGGCGUCAUUGGCAUGGAGUACGCAGCGAUGAUCAGCAUCAUCCCAGGCACGCAGGUCACGGUCAUUGAUGGCCGCAAGGAGAUUCUGGAAAUGGCCGACAAGGAAGUCUCGGACGCCCUCUGCUACUCGAUGCGGCAGCGGGGCACGCGCUUCUUGACCGAGGAGACGAUCGACUUUGUUGAGAAGCGUCUCGAUGAGAAGGAGGUCGUCGUGCACCUCAAGAGCGGCAAGAUCAUUGUCGGCGACGCCUUGCUGUACACCCAGGGUCGCCAGGGCAAUGUCACGGGCCUGGACCUCGAAGCGGUCGGCCUCGAAGCCAACAACCGCGGGUACCUCGAAGUCAACAACAACUUUCAAACGAGCGUCCCGCACAUCUACGCGGCCGGCGAUUGCAUCGGAUACCCGGCACUGGCGUCGGUCUCGAUGGAGCAAGGCCGGUUGGCGUCCGUGCACAUGCGCACGUCCGAGCCGACGAAUAAGAACCGGACAGACCUCGACCCGUACGAGACGUCGCACUUUCGCACGCGGAUGCGGUCGGGCGAAGUGUUUCCGUUUGGCAUUUACACGGUGCCCGAGAUCUCGAUGGUCGGCAAGUCGGAGCAGCAGCUCACCAAGGAAAACGUGCCGUAUGAGGUCGGCGUCGCGCGCUACGAGGAGCUCGCGAAGGGCCAAAUGCUCGGCGGCACGCCCGGCUUUCUCAAGAUCAUUUUCUGCCCGUCGACGCUCAAGCUCCUCGGUGUCCACGCGAUCGGCGAGGGCGCGACCGAGAUCAUUCACAUUGGCCAGGUUGUCAUGUCGACGGGUGGCACGCUCGAGUACUUUCGCAACGCCGUCUUCAACUACCCGACGCUCGCCGAAGCCUACCGCGUCGCGGGCCUUAACGGCCUGCGCAAGGUCGAAGCGAUGCAAAAUGAAACCAGCGGCAACUAAACGUCCUCGACCACCACGCGGAAAUGUACAAAAGGCAUGGCCUUGGAAUGCGAUAUCUCGUUGUCUCUGUGGCC